CGGGCUAUGGAACAAAGGUUGAGUGAAUGGCCUAAACCACCAACCACAGCCAACACCACAACUAAUUCAACCAAUCAGCAACAACAAGGCCUUCAACAGCAACAAGCUCAACAACAGCAACAACAACCUCAAACUCCAGCCAAUACAUCACCAGUAACUGCCAGUCAACAACAACAAUCCACAAGUCUUCCAGCCCAUCCUGAAGCCGAAAAAGUCAUAACCUCACUAGAAAUCCAAGUAGAGGAGCAACGUCAAUUACGACUGCAGGACGCCCGACAAAUCGAAGCCAAGGCGGCCAAAAUCAAAGAGUGGGUCAACAAUAAACUCCGUGACCUCGAGGAACAAAAUGAACUAUUGCGUGAGCAAAAUCAAAAGUGCAAUCAACAAUUGGAACUGCUGAAAAACUACAUAGCCAAUCAGUCGAAUCGACACAGUGUCAUUGGGCCCGUUCGCAACAGUUUGAGUCUGGAUGUCCAGGAGUUUGCCGCCUCGAAGGAGAAUCGUCGUCGCAGCGAAAGUCUAGAUACCCAAGAGAUUAUAAAUCGCCCCCUAACCGCCUCAUAUCCACAUCACCAGCAUCGUCGCAAUCUCUCCAUGGAGCCGACCGAGUUGGAACGUAAUCUGGUGGCGGCCGUUGAUGGUCUCACCCUCGCCCCCUUAGCUAGCAUAUCAAAACAAUCCGCAGGUGGCGGUGCGAAAAAUGGCCGUCCCGAUAGUUCGGAUACAGAUACCGCGCAUGAUUAUGCCGAAAUCUAUACACCAUCAUGUGAAAAAAUGCCAGCAUGGAUGAAAAAUAAUCCCGCUCUAAUGGCCAGUGGUGGCACCAGUACCACAACAACAACCAGUGAAAUAGGUGGUGUGCCAAGACCACCAACACCACCGUUACAUCGUUUCCCAUCGUGGGAGGCGAAAAUCUAUCAGGUGGCCAAUGAUGGUUUGGCUGGUGCGAGUAGUUCGGAAAAUGGUGGUGGUGGCGCCACAAGUAGUCAUUCACAGUCAGCUCAGGCACCGCCGCCAGAUAUUCAAGAAUCGACCAGCGGUGCUAAUAGUCAUUCGAAUACCCUAAAUAAUGUUCAUCAUGGUCGUCAUACUCCUGCUUCGUUAAAUGAUGGGGGUGGUGGUGUCAUAACUCCCGGUACACCUCAAAUGCCAACGAGACAACAACAAACAGCCAGUGGUGGUUUCUGUGAUAUAUCGGUGCCAGUUUAUGCAACAGUUAAAGGGCGCGCCUCUCAAAUACGUUCCAUGCCAUUUACCGGCGACUCAUCGGAUGAUUCGAGCGAUGGGGAAGAUCAUGCUGUUAUGCUAACACACAAUUCACAUAAUUCAUCGAGUACCGACAAUACGGAAACAUCAACUUCCGGUAGUGCUUCCAGUCCAUCGAAAAGUUGUAAAACUUCCUCAUCGUUGAGUCCAGCUAAACGUAGUGGUUCUGAGAGUCCUAAAAAUACAAAAGCACGAGGCCUAUCCGACGAUUAUGCUUUGCCGCCCGAUGCUGUCUCGGAGUCCACGUGUCCCAUGGAUGCUAGUAUGCCAUCGCUGUUGAUGCGCCAGUCCUAUGUAGAUUCGCCCAGUAAGAAAUUGGAGUCCUUGGAAAAGGCUGGUCAUUUGGCCAAAUUGGGUGGCAAGCUAAAGACCUGGCGUAAACGCUGGUUUGUUCUGAAAAAUGGCACCCUGACCUAUUGGAAGAGCCAACAUGAUAUUAACCGCAAACCCCAAGGCCAGAUAAUGCUCGAUGAGGCCUGUCGCAUUAGCAAAGCCGAGGGUGCCUCCACCUUUGAAAUUGAUACGGGGAAAAAGGUCUAUUAUCUCACUGCCGAUUCCAAUGCCACAAUGGAUGAUUGGAUACGAGUUCUACAAAAUGUCCAAAGAAGAAAUGCCACCAAACUGCUGCUGAGUAGAGAAGAUCAAAAACCCACACUGCAGGGUUGGGUAACCAAAGUGAAGAAUGGCCAUGCCAAGAAAUGUUGGUGUGUGCUGUUGGGAAAGAUGUUUUUAUAUUUUAAGGCGCCCAAUGAAACGAAUCCCCUGGGUCAAAUAAACAUGCGUGAUGCUCGAGUCGAAGAAGUGGAACAUGUUUCCGAUUCAGAUUCCGAGGAAAGAGAGGAUCCCCAAAGUCAGGCCCAUUUAACGGUGGCCAUAUAUCCUGCCCAUCAGGGUCCCACAUAUUUGAUAUUGCCCAACAAGGCGGAACGGGAUAAUUGGUUAUACAAUUUGACUGUGGUUUCGGGUGGUGGUCCCAGUGCUGGCACACAAUAUGAACAAUUGGUGCAAAAACUCAUGGAAACCGAUGGAGAUCCUAACUGUGUUAUUUGGCGCCAUCCUAUUUUGUUACACACCAAAGACACAAUUACCGCUCCCAUGUGUACACUGCAUACCGAAAGUAUGCAUCAGGAAGCCAUUAAACUAUUUAAGAGCAUUCAAUUGUUUAUGUCCGUGGCCGUAAAUCAACCCGGCAUCGAUUAUCAUGUUGUACUGGCCCAAAAUGCCCUGCAACAUUGCCUGGAUAUGCCCGAAUUGCAUUCGGAAAUGUUUUGCAUUCUCAUCAAACAAACAUCCCGGCACACGGGCCAAAAGCUUAGUGUUGGCGUCCAGGUAAACAAGAAACUGGGCAAGCAGACGCGC